AUGAUGACAUUAGCUGAGAAUCGCGAUUUAUUUUGUUUUCUCGUUACGAAACAUUCUUGGAAAGGAAAAUUUAAAAGGAUAUUUUCGAUUGGCACAACUGCCAUUUCGACGUACAAUCCAUCAACGUUGGAAAUAACUAAUCAAUGGUUAUACGAAGAUUUCAUAUCAAUCAAACCAAUUCCUCGCUCUGCACAAAGUCAAGAUGAGUUUACAAUACAAGUUCGGAUGAAGAAAAGGGUUGAUAACAUGAGAUUCUCGUCCGAAAAUGUUGCUGAUAUCAUAACUACUGUUCUUGAACGACAAUCUAUUUUUCGAUUUGGCACGCAGCCUGUGAAAUAUCCUGGAUACAAACACGACUGGUCUGAUCGGCGUAUUCCUAUAAUAUUACAAGCCAAUUCUUAUGCUCUCGAACAGGUUGAUAAUCAGCAGCAUGUGCUUGCUUCUUACAAGUAUAAAUCAAUACUGCAAAUAAUUAAGAUAUCGUCUUCAUAUCCUGGGGGAUUUAUUAUUGAAUAUGGCGAACAAAGACGCAGGCAUUUAUUCGCGUCGGAAAAAUAUGACGAGUUAAUUGAAUAUAUGAGGAAAAUUGCGGGUGAAUAUAUUGGGAUAGCAUUAUCAGUGACAAAUGAAAGUCUUUCAACUAACGAUUUUAUGCAAACUCGAUUAGGAAUUUGCAGUCGAGAUGAGCAGUUAACAUCGUAUGUUGAAUUCAAAGUUCAAAAAUUUUCUUCAAGACAUGAAAAGCCAGUACGAAGGCUCCUUUGUCUUAGUGAGAGUUGCAUUAUCGAAAGAGAUCCGGCAACUUAUUGCCCUAUAUGCGCUCAUCUCCUAAAAUCGAUAAUUUGUAUGACAAGGGAUGAAAAUGACCCACAAAAAUUCACCAUUGUCUAUGAAGAUAAUGAAUCAAAAGUUUAUUCUUCUGCUGAACGUGAUUUGAUAUUAGCUUCUCUUAUGGAUGGUUCCAGAGCAUCGGGUAAUCUUAAUGUACAUGUGUUGGGUUCCUCCUAUCAGUAUUCAUUUCGUUUAUUGCCUCAUGGCUUUUUGUUGGAUGAGGAUAGUGAAUCUCUUUGUAUGAGACAUAUUAUAUCACCACCACCGGGUCUUAAACGUUGUGAUCUUAUUCGUCGCUUUAAUUUUAAUAUCCCUUACAGUGGUCUAACAUAUUCAGUGUCGCAAGAAGGAUUUUUUAGUGAAAAUAAGGGUAAAUUGAUUAUUGGCUGUUUGGAAGCUGUUCUAGGAGAGUUGUAUCCAGUUGACGAAAUUAGUUCAGUAUCAAAGUGUGAAGCGCAGUUGUAUUGUUUACGACGAUUAUUUGCUUCCAAGAGUGGUUUUCAAGCAUUUACUGCUGUUGCUGGUAUUCGUGAAAAGCUAGGAAAUCUUGUUAUAAUUAUGUUGAAAUUAGCAAAUGAGAUGAUUGAUCAUGCAACGGUAGAAAUGCUUUGUUCUUUAAUGCAUCCGAUGCAUUCAAAUUAUGAAUUACGGUAUGAACAACUUAAUAAACAAUCUCUUCUUUCAACGCGGCAGUUUAUUGAACAUCUUCUUGAUUUAAUCGUUAAACAUGUGGUAAAUUUUUAUUACGAUUUGUUUUCGCUAAUAGAUGUUUUUAUGUAG